AUAUCAUAUAUUCAGUGGACUGCACGGGAAUAGCAUCUCACAGCCAGGUUCACGCUGCCGGUCGUAUAAAUACGAACGACAAUCUGAAGUAUCACAAAGCAUAGCACAUUUCUUCGCUCUCUAAACUAGUCACAUUUUCAAGUACUGAACUGAGAAUUCAAAGCUAAAUUCAGUACUGAAAUAGUUAGUUGAAAAAAAAUCAGUCAAAUAAUGAAUCUUUUUGGUUGUGGUGUAUUAAUAAUCGCAUUAUCUUGCGCUCAUGGAAGUUAUAUUCCAUCCAGCCGACAUGUGAGAGAUGUUGGCGCUGGAAGUGGUAGUGCAGCUUCCGCCAGUUCUCAAUCAGCUGGUAGCGGUGGGUUUGGACAUGGAUUCCCAAUGCAGCCAGGUUUCCAACAAUUUGGUCAGAUGCCUCAUUUUGGACAAUUUCCUCAAUUCGGUGCAGGGCAUGGAUUCUCCAGCUCGGGCAGCAGUGCAUCGUCUAGUUCAUUCUCCGAGAGUGGUCACGGUGGAUCGAAAUCAGGAUCGCAAUCAGGAUCCCAGUCCUUCUCGAGCGGUGGUGGUGGUGGUCAUGGUGGACAUAGCGGAUCAGGAUCCAAUGCUGCCUCACAAUCAUUCUCUGCUGGAGGAGGUCAUGGAGGUCACGGAGGUCACGGAGGCUUUGGCUCACAGUCUGGUUCUGCGUCCAAUGCUGGAUCUCAAACGUUCUCCGCAGGAGGAAGUCACGGAGGUCACGGAGGUCAUGGAGGUCAUUCUGGCUCAGGAUCAAAUGCGGGAUCACAAUCUUUCUCCGCUGGUGGUGGUGGUCAUGGAGGACAUGGAGGCCACUCCGGUUCAGGAUCUAAUGCUGGGUCGCAGUCUUUUACAGCUGGUGGCGGUCAUGGCGAUCACGGAGUGCAUGGUGGUCAUACUGGAUCGGGAUAUUUAGGUGGUGAAGGACAUGGUGCAGGAUCAACUAGUGGAGCGGGAGCGCAAUCAUUUGGAUCUGAGCAUGGUGGUCACGGUGGACACGGUGGUCACGGAAGCUCGGGAAGUGGUGCUCAGGCAGGUUCACAGUCUUUCGGACAAAGCCAUGGUGGACACGGUGGACACGGAGGCCAUGGUGAUCACGGUAGCUCAGGAAGUGGUGCCCAGACUGGAUCACAGUCUUUCGGACAAAACCAUGGUGGACACGGUGGACACGGUGGACACGGAGGCCAUGGUGGUCAACAUUCUGGUAGCAAUGCCGGUGCCGGUUCUCAAUCGUUCAAUCAGGGACAGUCCUCGUUCGGUCCAGGCGGUCAUAAGACUGAAUUUUUCAAAGGAGGAGAUGGAUUCGGUGUAAGAGUUAGCGCGGAUGAAUCAUCCGAUGGUAAUGCGAAAAAGACUGAAAGCGAAGCUUGGGUAUGGCAAAACUGAAAUGAGAAACGAAAUAUAAGAAAAUAUUCCCUAUAAA